AUGAGUACGUUUGAACAAAAAAUUGAUAUGACCCCAAAUUUCGGGAAAAUAAAAGUUGACCAAGGGGUCAAGAUUUGGUACCGUACCGCUGGCAAAUGGGGAGCUCCCACGAUUCUAUUGUUGCAUGGGUUCCCAAGUUCUUCCAAUAUGUUCAGGAAUUUGAUCCCUUUACUUGCUGCAAGGUUCUACGUAGUUGCUCCCGAUAUACCUGGUUUCGGGUUCACUGAGUAUCCCGAGGACUAUGAAUUCAAUUUUGCUAACUUGACCAAUUCCAUUGAACAGUUUUUGAAGGCUUUGAAUAUCAAGAAGUAUUCUGUUUACGUGUUCGAUUACGGUGCACCGAUUGGCUUCCGUUUGGCUUUGAAAAGCCCUUCCGCUAUUACUGGUAUUGUUGUGCAAAAUGGAAAUGCUUAUGAUGAAGGUUUAGAUGAUAGAUUUUGGGAGCCAAUUAUCAAUUACUGGGAGCAAGAGCAAACGGACCCUGAGUAUGUGAAGAUUUUUACUGAUUACCUCCAGGAUGAGAAAAACGUCAAGUCUCAAUACUUGACGGGUGUAGAUGAUUCGGUGACUGUAGAUCCAUCGAACUAUACGCUUGAUUUUGCUUUGCUAAGUCGUCCGGGUCAAACUGCUAUUCAAAUCAAACUAUUCCAUGACUACGAGACAAAUGUUGAUAUGUAUCCUGAUUUCCAAGAAUUCUUGAGAAAUGCUAAAAUCCCAGUCUUAGUUACAUGGGGAUGGAACGAUCAAAUUUUUACUGUGGAAGGGGCUGAAUCUUAUAGGAAAGAUGUGAAAUGUUUGAAAAUCGUGUACUUUAAGACCGGUCACUUUGCAUUGGAGACUCAUGCGGCUGAGAUCGCUCAUGAGAUAGUUGCUUUUUUGUACCAAAAAGUCAUUCGUUAA